AUGGCGAGCAGCGACAGCAGCCACGCCGCGGAGAGCGCCCUCGGCUCCGACGCGGACGAGGAGGUGACCCGGGGGCCGGACACCGAGGAGGAGUCGGGGGACGAGGAGGACGAGACGGCCGCGGAGUCGGAGUCGGAGCCGGAGCCGGACGCCAGGUUAUCAGACCAGGACGAAGAGGACAAGACCAAGCAGAAGUGUAUCAUAUCUGACCCCUCCUUCUCCAUGGUAACAGUUCAACGGGAAGAUAGUGGAAUAACCUGGGAGACCAAUUCAAGUAGGUCUUCCACCCCUUGGGCCUCAGAAGAAAGUCAUACUUCUGGUGUGUCUAGUCUGGAACUGUCGACUCUGAAUUCUCCUCAAGGAAAUGUUUCCUUUAUUGUGGAUGAAGUUAAAAAAGUUCGGAAAAGAAAGCCUAAGUCAAAGCAUGGCUCACCAUCAUUGCGUCGGAAAGGCAACAAAAAAAGAAAUUCUUUUGAAUCCCAAGAUGUUCCAGCAAACAAAACAAGUAAUCCUUUAAUUUCAGGAAGUCAGAAGGAGAAGUCAUCUACUGGCACUUAUGAUAAGAUGAGAAAAAAGACCACCUCAAAUACACCUCCUAUUACUGGGGCGAUAUACAAAGAAUACAAGCCAUUAGUGUUAAGGCCGGUCUACAUAGGAACAGUACAAUAUAAAAUUAAGAUGUUUAAUUCUAUUAAAGAAGAAUUAAUUCCUCUGCAAUUUUAUGGAACGUUGCCAAAGGGUUAUGUAAUUAAAGAAAUACAUUAUAGAAAGGGGAAAGAGGCAUCCAUUAGUCUAGAGCCAGAUUUGGGCACUCUUGAUUCUAAUUUAGUUUCCAAAACAGGCAAAUCAGUGGCCCAAAGCAUAGAAGGUGAUAAAGUAAAAGAGCUCACUCCACCCUGGAGAGGUGCACUCUCCAAAGGAUCAAAGUCCCUGACCUCCUUAUUCAGUCAUGAAGAUCAAAAGAAAAUCUACUUUGAUUCUCCCUUAAGGGCUGCAUCUGCCACCAAGCUCACACCUUCCUCUUAUACAAGACAUGACACAGCAGAACAAGAAACACAGCUCAGCACUCCACGGUCAGCGCCACAACUGCCAGCUGAUGAAGCAAAACCCCAUGGAAUGGAGCCUUCCUCUCUUGCACCUGUUACAUCUCCACCUGCGUUCCUGAAAACAGCAAAGGAAGAGUCUGAGGCUGAUUCACAAGAAACGGUAACUGCGGAGCAUGACUCUUCAGUCUCACCGCCUUUAGUGGGUGAGGAAGAGAGGGAAGACAUGUCUUCUGCGGACCAUUCCAUUUCCCCGGAGGCAGAGAAGGAUUCUCUGGAAACAGGCUCACCAGGUCUGACCACCUCUAUCCAGGAAGAUUUUGGCCCAGAGAGAGAAGAGCUGGAUCUGACUUCACCAGAAAAAGCAAAACCAGUCUCUGAACAACUGACCCCUCCUCGUCUCAGGAUUAAAGCAGAAAAAGAAGAAAAUGUGCCCAGGCCAUCCAUUUCCCUUUCUGAACCUCUAGUGUUAGAGGAACCAGAGAAAGAAGAAAUAGAAACAUCUCUACCAGUAGCUGCUACCCCUGAACCUGAAGAUUCUAACUUAGUGGAGGAAGAGAUCAUAGAACUUGGUUACCCAGAAAGUCCAUCAGUUUCUGAGGAGCCCUUCUCACCCCGCUUGACCCCUGAAGUGGAGCAGGAAGAAGAGGAGACCAUUCUGCCAUUACUGACCACAUCAACACCUGAACAUGUCACCUUGUCUGAGGAAGAAAGAGAGGAAGAUGAGUCUGUUUCUACCGAUUCUGCUUUUGUAUCGGAGUAUUCAGUCCCAUGGGAUUUGAACUAUGAACUGGAGAAGCAAGACGUUGAGCCAGUUUCCUCACCUAAUGUAAAAGCUGCAUCUGAACAUGCAGUUUUGUCAGAAGAGGAGAAUGAUAAAUUUGAGCCUUAUUCCCCAGCUCCAGCCUCUGCAUCUGUCUCACCAUCCACAACUGAGAAGACUCCUGAAUGCCAGUCCCCACUGUUUUCAGCAGCUACAUUGGAACAUGUGGUCCUGUCUGGAGAAGAGGCCUCAGAAACUGGGCAUUACACACCAGAUUCCACAUGUACAUCUGAAUAUUCAAUUCCUUCACAGGCAGCAAAAGAGUCACCGAAGGAAACAACUGACCGCAAGUCCAUAUUAAAAUCAAAAGAUGUUUUUCAGCCUGUGAUUCUUUCAGAAGAAGAGAAGGAAGACAGUACGCUGUAUUCCCCAGAGGUGGCCUCUGUAUCUGAACGUUCUCUCUCGCCAUACACAACUGAGGGGACUUCUGAAUGCCAGUCACCACCACUUUCAACUGCUACAUCUGAACAUGUGGUCCUAUCAGAAGAAGAGAACCUGGGAAAUGAGUGUUUCACACCAGAUUCAACCCUGAGCUCCCAGUAUGCAGUCCCACCAAAUGUAACACAGGAAUCCCCAAAGAAAAUAGUUGAUGAUGUCUCCCUGUUGAAAUCAGAAGGUGUUUCUGAGCACAAGACUCUGUUAGAAGAAGAGAAGGAAGACAGUGGAUUCUAUUCCCCAGAGGUGGCCUCUGUAUCUGAACGCUCUCUGCCACCAUACACAACUGAGGGAACUCCUGAAUGCCAGUCACCACCACUUUCAACUGCUACAUCUGAACACAUGGUCCUAUCAGAAGAAGAGAACCUAGGAAAUGAGUGUUUCACACCAGAUUCAACACUGAGCUCCCAGUAUGCAGUCCCACCAAAUGUAACACAGGAAUCCCCAAAGAAAAUAGUUGAUGAUGUCUCCCUGUUGAAAUCAGAAGGUGUUUCUGAGCACAAGACUCUGUUAGAAGAAGAGAAGGAAGACAGUGGAUUCUAUUCCCCAGAGGUGGCCUCUGUAUCUGAACGCUCUCUGCCACCAUACACAACUGAGGGGACUCCUGAAUGCCAGGCCUCACCACUUUCAGCCACCCCAUCUGAACAUGUGGUCCUCUCAGAAGAAGAGACAGUAGAAAUGGAGCGGUACACACCCUCUUCCACCUCUGCUUCUGAAUUUUCAGUACCACCAUAUGCAACAGCGGAAUCACAGGAGGAAGAAAUUGUCCACAGAUUCCCUUUAAAUCUAAAAGGUGCCUCCUCACCCAUGAAUUUCUCAGAAGAAGAGCAAGAAGACAUUGGACCUUUUUCUCCAGACUCCGCAUUUGUGUCAGAAUUCUCAUUUCCACCCUAUGCAACUCAGGAGACAGAGAAAAGAGAAUUUGAGUGUGAUUCUCCAAUAUGUUUAACAUCACCAUCUGACCACACUAUUUUGUCAGAUGAGGACACUGAAGAAGCUGAACUUUUUUCUCCAGACUCAGCAUCACAAGCUUCCAUCCCACCAUAUAGGAUCCCAGAAACAAAUAAAAUGGAAAUUGAGCCUGAUUCACUGUUAACUGCAAUGGCUAUGUCAGGAUAUUCCUGCUUCUCAGAGGCAGAUGAGGAAGAAAUUGUACCAACUGCUACACCUGUUCCUGAGCAUCUAAGUUCAUCACAGAAGCAAAGAGCUGAACCUUCUCCUUUGAUGUCUCCACCUGAAGACAUGAAUCAGCUCCCUUCAACAAAGGAAGCAGAGAAAGUAGAAAUUAAGCCAGAUGCUCAAACAACCGCAGCAUCUGUAUCUGAAUAUCUCAUUUUGGCACAGAAGCAGAGAACUCAGGCACAUUUAGAACCUGAGUCUGAAGACUUGAUUCCACCAUGUUUGACCAGUGAUUCAGAGAAAGGAGAAAUUAAGACUAGUUCAUCACUAGUUGCAACACCUGCACAGUCGUCCAUGGUAAAGGAAGAAACCAAACCUGUUUUGCCUGCAUCUCAGUGUUCAGUUUCACCUGAUUCAGUCCAUGCAAUUAAGAAAGAACAAGAACCCAAAACAUCACUCACUCCAAAAUCUGCAGAUGAACAAAUGGCUUUGUUAAAAGUUGAAAGUAAGGAAGAAAUUGUGCCUGAUUCUCAAGAAGCUAAAGCACAUGUAUUACGGGAUCAAGAAACAGAGCCUCAGCCACCAAAUGUUCCAGAGCCUGGGAUGAAAGAUUCAGUUCUGCCUGACUUGGUAAAUGAGCCAAAGAAGGGUGUCACACCCAAUUUAGCUCCAACUGUGACAUCUGAACUAGAACAGAGAAGGUUGUCGGAGAAUGAGCCUGAAGUAAUAAAGCCAUAUUCACCUCUAAAGGAAACAUCUUUAUCUGGACCUGAGAUUUUAUCAGUAAUGAAAACGGAAGUGAAACAUGAUUCUAAAAUAACUGGUACACCUAGAGUGCUGCAUUCAGCUUCACCAGGAGUGGAAAAGGAAGUUGAGCACGAACCACCCGUACCAGAAUUUGCAGCUUUGUCAGAAGACAUAAAAAAAGAAAUUGAACCCAGUUCUUCAAUAACCACAGCACCUGUAAUGAAGCAUGAUUUGAGCUUUACCAAAUUAGCAAAAGAAGAAAUCCCAACAGAUGUAUCUCUUACCACCCCUAUAGAACAUCCAGUCUUAACAAAAGUAGGAAAGAGUGAAUUAGAAAGUGGUUUGCCACCACUGGUAACAUCCGUAGAUGAGCAUUCACUUAAAGGAGAAGACAAGGCAGCAAUUAAAGCUAGUUCUUCUCCCACUGAAACUGUUGCAUCCCAACCUCCUGCUUGGUCGGAAGUAGAGGAAGAAAUUAAAUUUGAUUUACCUGCAAGCGUAUCCUCUCUGUCAGAGCCUUCUAUUUUGUCAGAGGUAGAAACUGAAGAUGUUAAACCUGGCUUGGCAAUAACCAAAACAUUGUCUUCUCAGCAUUCAGAUGUAACAGAGGAAGCGAGGGUGGAAAACAAACAAGAGUUUUCAUUUUCGACAGUCCUCGACUCUGAAUAUUUGGCUGCAUCACAGGAAAAAAAUUCUGUGUCUGCCUCAGAGCUGUCAGGAUCUGAACGUGUGCUUUCGCUCAACCUAAGUGGUGAGACAAAGAAAACAGAAACUGAACUUCCUUCCUCACAGAAUGUGUCAUCUGCACCCAAAUAUAUAAUUCCAAAAGGCAAAAAUGAGCAAACAGCAAGUUCUUCUCCUGAGCUGGAACAUUUAGCAUCAGAAGACUUAGCUCCAAUAUUACCAGCCCUCAGUGGUGGUAGGAGUGAACAGGUAAUGGAGACACCUUCCACAGCUCAGGGAGAUUUCCUGUCAGACAAACAAGAUCUUACUGUGGUACAGCUCUCUUUGGAACCUGAGAAGAAAGACAAGCCACAUCAAGUAUCAGAUUUACCAAGUGCUGGCUCUGAAUCUGCUGGUGGUUUAGGUAGGCAAAGUGAAUCCAUAGAUAGAAAACAAAUAAAAUCUCCCAUAACUGAAACAGGGGAUUCUGUCUUAGAAAAGGGCCUCACUGAGCUUAGGAGCAGAGGAGAAGGAAAAGAAGAAAACAGGGGACUUCUUGUGUCAGCUACAACGCCUGAAAUUUCAGAGGUUUCAUCGUGCCUUAGGGAGACACCCAAGAUUCAAGAAAUUAAAUCAUUCUCUCCUAAGGUAGUUAGCUUAGAAUCAAGGGAAGCAUUUACCUCUCUAGUUGAAGGAGACAACCCAGAAGAACUUCAGCCAUACACUUCUUCUUUAAAAGGAUUGUCAGAGGAGUCGAACCAUUCAGCUGACUUUAAAAAAGAAGAAAAACAAGAAAAAAGCCCAUUACUGCCAACAGGAAACUUGAAGGCUCAAGUGACAGGAGAUACUGUAACUAAACUAAAUGAAGAAACUGACCAACCAAAUUCAUGUCACGUAUCCCAGAGUGUCACAGAGCCAUCAAAGAUCGCUUCCUCUGACCUCCUUGUGGAGCAAGAGAAGCCUGAAAAAGCGCUUCAUUCAGACCAAGCUGCUAAGUUACCUGACAUAAGCAGGUCUUUUGCAGAUAAACAAGAUCUAGGUAUUAAACAAUUUUUGUUUAUGAAAGAAAAUUUGCCUUUGGAAGAAUCAAAAUCAUUUAUGUUAACUGAGCCUACAGAUGUUAAAGAAACACACAUGAAAGAGGCCCUCAUUUCGCCAAAGGAUGAAAACUGGACGCUGAAAAAGCCAGGAAGAGACUUGGCCAGUCAUCAUGAAGAAGGAGUCCUGGGAUCGGGGCAGCUGGGUUCCUCUGGUACCAGUGAUCUGAUGACAGGGCAGCUCAAGCCUGCUCUGUUGGAGAAAGACCACACAACUGAAAUCAGAAAGCAAAUUCUGCCACCUUCUGCAGAAGAAUCUGACUUAUCACUACAAGAACCAGUGUCUACUCCCGAUACCUCCAGUAGUAACGCAGAGACUUUAGCAACUAAAACUUAUUCUUCUAAAGAAAUAAAGCUGGCCUCCAAACCAAAAUCUUUAGUUCCAGCAGGAAAUGUGGAGAGAAAUGAGGCAGAAGGGAAGCAGACCCUUUCUUUCAUGGGGAGUGAAAGUUUGGAGAAAGCAAGCACAGAAUUUUCCAGGCCUUGCAAAGAUGACAGCCAAGAAGAAAUCAAAACACCAUCUGAAAGAAUCCUCCAGAAACCAGUGUCUGGCCCAUUAACAGGAGAGGUCAGAUUAGAAACUCUUCCCUCUCUUGCUAAAGCAGCCCAUUUCCUGGCAGAAGAGGCAGAACCUGCACUGGGCAGUGAAAAAGAAGCACACAAGCGUAUAUCCCCUUUACCUGGAGAGAAGCCGUUAGAAGAAUCAAAAGUGGUUCAGUCAAAGGUUGUAGGUGAUGCUAAUGAGAGAGGGAAACCAGCAGCAGAAGUGCAAACACCCACACACAUAGAACCCCUCUCCUCAACCGAAGAAAACGAAGAACUUCAACCCCCAGAGCCACCUGAGAGGAUGCAAAAGCCUGAGCAGCGGAAGGCAGUGGAGCCAAGCCUCUCUGAGGAAAAGGGAAAGAAAGGAAUCUCAUCUUUCACAUCAUGGGUGUCCAGUUUGUUUUUUCGAUCAAGCACUCCAGAUAACAAAGAUGCUAAGAGAGAAGAUUUAGAAGCUCAGCCAAGCCCACCUGUAGAGAAAGCAGUGCCUGUGAUGAAGCCGAGAGGUCCUGCUCCAGCUGACACGCAUGCACACGCGAAGCCAGCAGAUCACCGGUUACCAGAGGCCAAACCUGAAACUGCUGCAGAGGCCACAGGUUCUUUAGUUGAACCUGGUGAAGGUCAAGACCUUAAAGAAAAACCCACCUUGUUAUCAAAUGUAGACAUUUUGCCAGAGCUGGAAUCCAACUCUGAGGCAUCUAGUAAAGAUUACAGGAAAAAACAAGUCCUAGACUAUUCAGAGGAAAUGGCCCUAAACUCAGUAGUUGCUUGUGCUGAUGGUGAGGGACAUCUUGGAAUUCAAUCUUAUUCUCCCAUGGGUGAGAAAUCCAUUAUGGAAGAAGCCAAAAAUGUUGUUCCUCCUCAUAUCCCUGAGAGUAGAAGACUCCAGAAGCCAGAAAUCUCCCCUCCAUCUAAAUGGAAUAUUUCUAUUCUUAAAGAAGAGCCAAAAAGUGAUCAAAAAGAAAAAUCACUCUUUUUAUUUGAUGCAGUAGAUAAGGUGCCACGACAGCCAAAAUCAGCCCCAUCUAGCUUUGUAAGUGAAAAUAUCAUGGAGGAAUCAGAGAAGCUGGAGUCAAUAAUAUUGCCAGUAGAAGAAUCUAAAGGCAGUUUAAUUGAUCUUGGUGAAGACAGACUAGAGAAAGAGAUGCCAAAACCUACUUCCUUGAAAAAUUCUAAAGAGGAGAUAGAACUCAGUUCUGUUAGCCCAACUGAGGAGAAAGGUGACUUGGGAAUGAGAUCAUAUUCCUUGGCAGAAAAGAAGGUGCUGGCAGAAAAACAAGAAACUUUGGCCCCAUUUGAGCUUAGAGAUAAUAAUGAAAUAGGGAAGGCACAAAUUACACGUGAAUCUAGCCCUAUUAAAUUGGAAGAACCAAAAGCUGCUAUUGCGCUGCAGCAAGUCUAUCAAAAUGAAGACCACAGAGAAAGAUACAAAAUUAUUGAGGAGAAUAAAGGAGAAGAAAAAGAAGAGCGGUCACAUGCAUUUUCAGAAGAGAAGGAGCAGCAGGAAAUUCAGCCUUAUUCCGUGAAUAUAGCCAGACAUAUGCCUGAAGAGUCAGAUAUCUCUUUCAGUCAUUCUUUGGGUGAAACUCAACCAUUUUCAUUAGUUGAAACUACAGCAGUUACUGAAAAAUCAGAAACCAUGAUCCCAGAGACUCACCCAGAAAUCAGGGAAACAAAGGCAGUAGGAACCCAACCACAUCCAUUAGAAGAACGUAAAGUUUUGGUGGAGAAAACCAAGACUUUCCUUCCAGUAGAUCUUCCUUAUCAUGAUGAAAUAAAUGAUCACGCUUUACCUAAGGAAGGAAAUCAGGUAUUGGAAACAUCAAGCAGGGAUGUGGUGAGUCACAAUGAAGAAAAGGGACAGGUCACAGUGUCAGAGCCGCCAAAAGAUGGCUCAGUCGGUAUCACGAAAGAAAGUAAACAAGGAUCUGCAUCUAAAGCAUCUGAAAGGAUUUUAGAUCGUCCUUUUGGUGAAACGAAGAGCUUAGAAACACCUCCAUGUUUGUUGUCCUCUGUGAAACCGCAAACACUUGUUUCAGGAGUGUCUUCAGAAAUUAGUACAGGGAAGAAACAAGAAAUACCAUGGUCAGAGUCGACUCCAGAUAGGCAUACAGUCCAUACUCUUCAAACAUCUCAUGAUGAAACAUCUGAAAUGUCUGAACAAUCUGUUCCUGUUUCAAAGCACCACUUGGAGGCUGUGGAAGAUGCCCAUGUAAACAAACCAUGCUCUUCAGCAAGCAGCAACUAUGCUCAAUUUAUAACUAAUGCAUCAACACUCAGAACUGAUGAGAUGGUUUCCAAGGAGCCUGAAAACACAUAUGUAAGUGGUGAAGAAUUUACAGUGACUAGUAAGCCAGCUGGACUUUCAGAAGAGCAAAAGAGUGCCUUCAGUAUCAUUUCUGAAGGUUGUGAGAUAUUGAAUAUUCAUGCUCCUGCGUUUAUUUCUUCAGUUGAUCAGGAAGAAAGUGAGCAAAUGCCAGAUAAGUUAGAAUAUUUGGAAGAGAAGCCCUCCUUUAAGCCUGUAUCCCUCCAUGAUGAGAGUGAGGCAGUUACUUGCCAUACAACAUUACAGAGUAAGUUAGAAGAUUCUGAUAAAAAAGUUACACCAUUGAAAGAAGACCAACAGAAGGAAACUCACACAACCAAAGAGGAGAUAGUCAUGGAUUCAGAAACUGAUGAUUUAGCCUUUAAUCAGCCCACAAGUCCCAGUGAAGAGGAUUAUUUUGAAAAAUAUACAUUGGUUGAUUAUAACAUCUCCCCAGACCCAGAAAAACAGAGAGCUCCAUGGAAAUUAAAUGUUGAAGCAGAGCUAUCCAAGGAAGUUCCAGAAGAAACUGUUUCUUUCCCAGAACAUUCAGAGGAAAGUGCCCUAGAACAUGAAUAUGACUUGGUGAAACUAGAUGAAAGUUUUUACGGACUAGAAAAGGACUACAGCAAAUUGUCUGACUCAGAGACCCAAAAAUCUUUGGUUAUCAAAAAAUCAGCUGACAGAGAUGCUCCAAAGAGCCUAAAUAGAGACGGGGACUCAAAGUCACCUGGGAUGCCUUUAUUUGAUGAAGAGGAAGGAGUUUUGUCACGAACCCAGAUAUUUCCUACCACUGCAAAAGCCAUUAAUCCUGAACUUCUGGAGGAGCCACCUGCACUUGCAUUUUUAUACAAAGAUCUGUAUGAAGAAGCAGUUGGAGAGAAAAAGAAAGAAGGGGAGACAGCUUCUGAAGGUGACAGUGUGAAUUCUGAAGCAUCAUUUCCAAGCAGAAAUUCUGACACUGAUGAUGGAACAGGAAUAUAUUUUGAGAAGUACAUACUCAAAGAUGACAUUCUCCAUGACAUAUCUGUAACUGAAAAGGACCAAGGCCAAAGUCUAGAAGAAAAACCAGUUGCUAAGGAUGAUUCAUACCAACCAAUAACUGCAGAAGGGGAAACUUGGGGGAGGUUUGGAACUGUUUGGGUGGAGGAGAGUCUGGAAGAGAAACAGAAAGCAGCUUACAGGGAAGAAUCACUAGGCCACGCGAAGACCCUUGACAAUGUAGCUGUGAAGAGGAAAGCUCCCAUCACGGAGGAAGUCAGAGUGAUUAUCCAGAGGGUAAGCUAUGCGGUUCCAUUUGAAGACACCCAUCAUGUCCUGGAGAGUGUGGAUGAAACGAGCAUUCAGACUAAUGAAGCAGCAAGUGCAAAUCCAGAGGUCAGUCUGAAUGUCCCAGUACAAGUGUCCUUCCCAGAGGAAGAAUUUGCAUCUGGUGCAACUUGUGUUCAAGAAACACUGCAAGAAGAACAAGAAGAACCUCAAGUAACAGUCCCCCGUGAGCCAAGUGAAGACAGGCUCCGUAGUAGCCCUGUUGAGGAUGAGUGUGAAUUUGCUGAAUUCCUGAAUUAUGAAGUGGUUACUCAAGACACGUUAUCAGAAGAACUGUAUUCCGAAUCCACCCCUGAAGAUGUGUUAUCUCAAGGAAGGGAAUCCUUUGAACAUGUCAGUGAAAAUGAAUUUCUGAGUGAGGGGGAACAAAGUAUGUCUGCUGAACAGAAAGAGUUGGGCAGAGAAAUGACAGAACAAGACCAAUUAUCAUUAGAGUUGGUAACUGAGAAGGAUCAAAAGGAACCGAAAAAGUCCCAGAUUGACACAUAUUGCUACACAUGUAAAAGCGCAAUUUCUGCUGCUGACAAGAUGUUUGGUACCCACAAAGACCAUGAGGUUUCCACGCUCGAUACAGCUAUAAGUGCUGUAAAGGUUCAAUUAGCAGACUUUCUGGAAGAUUUACAAGAAAAAUCCUUGAGGAUUGAAGCCUUUGUUAGUGAGAUAGAAUCCUUUUUUAAUACCAUUGAGGAAAACUGGAGUAAAAAUGAGAAAAGGCUGGAAGAACAGAAUGAGGAAAUGAUGAAAAAGGUUUUAGCGCAGUACGAUGAGAAAGCCCAGAGCUUUGAGGAAGUGAAGAAAAAGAAGAUGGAGUUCCUCCAUGACCAGAUGGUCCACUUUCUGCAGAGCAUGGAUACUGCCAAGGACACCCUGGAGACCACUGUGAGAGAAGCCGAGGAGCUUGAUGAGACCGUUUUCUUGACUAUCAAUGAAAGGUUGCUUUCUGCAAUGGAGAGCACUGCUUCUUUAGAGAAAAUGCCUGCUGCGUUUUCACUUUUUGAACAUUAUGAUGACAGCUCGGAAAGAAGUGACCACGUGUUAAAACAAGUGGCUGUUCCACAGCCUCCCAGAUUAGAACCCCAGGAACCAAAUUCUGCCACUAGCACAACGAUUGCAGUUUACUGGAGCAUGAACAAGGAAGAUGUCAUUGACUCAUUCCAGGUUUACUGCAUGGAGGAGCCACAAGAUGACCAGGAAGUAAACGAUUUGGUAGAAGAAUACAGAGUGACCGUGAAAGAAAGCUACUGCGUUUUUGAAGAUUUAGAACCUGACCGAUGCUAUCAAGUGUGGGUAAUGGCUGUGAACUUCACCGGAUGUAGCCUGCCCAGUGAAAGGGCGAUUUUUAGAACAGCGCCCUCCACCCCUGUGAUCCGUGCCGAGGACUGUACUGUGUGUUGGAACACGGCCACCAUCCGAUGGCGGCCUGCCAACCCGGAGGCCACUGAGACUUAUACUUUGGAGUACUGCAGACAGCGCUCUCCUGAGGGUGAGGGCCUCAGAUCUUUCUCUGGAAUUAAAGGACUCCAGCUGAAAGUUAACCUCCAACCCAAUGACAAUUACUUUUUCUACGUGCGAGCCAUCAAUGCAUUUGGGACAAGUGAACAGAGUGAAGCUGCCCUCAUUUCCACCAGAGGAACCAGGUUUCUCUUGUUGAGAGAAACGGCUCAUCCUGCUCUGCAGAUUUCCUCAGAUGGGACAGUGAUCAGCUUCGCUGAGAGGAGACGGCUGACAGAAAUCCCAUCAGUGCUGGGUGAGGAGCUGCCUGCCUGUGGCCAGCACUACUGGGAAACCACUGUCACAGACUGCCCAGCUUACCGACUUGGCAUCUGCUCCAGCUCGGCCGUGCAGGCCGGUGCCCUGGGACAAGGAGAGAGCUCAUGGUACAUGCACUGCUCUGUGCCGCAGAGAUACACAUUUUUCUACAGUGGCAUUGUGAGUGAUGUCCACGUGACAGAGCGUCCCGCCAGAGUGGGCAUCCUGCUGGACCACACCACCCAGAGGCUCCUGUUUAUAAACGCGGAGACUGGGCAGCUGCUCUUCAUCAUCAGGCACAGGUUUAAGGAGGGCGUCCACCCUGCCUUUGCUCUGGAGAAACCUGGAAAAUGUACUUUGCAUCUGGGAAGAGAGCCCCCAGAUUCUGCAAGGCACAAGUGAUUGUUGGCUUUCAGAGUUUGCAAGAGCAAAAUUCAAAUCUGGGGGGGUCUGUUCUUUCCUGUGGGUGCUAGACGUUAUUCAAAACGUCUUCUGCACAUUUGCACUAAUAAUAGCUCCAUGCACAGUGAUCAGCACGGGAGCAAAACCACCAAGAAAACCUGACUUCCCAGAGCAUCAUGUGAGUAAGGAGGAUGGAAAAAGCAACCUCCGCCCUUCGGUUUAUAUACAUUUGAAUUCUUGCCUAAGUUAAAAGGAUUUAUACCUGACUUGGGAAUCAAAAGAGUGAAAUGGACUCCCACCUGUUUCAUUGGUAAAAGAAAUCCUCAAAUGGACAGGUCUGAGUGAAGGAAAGGUUGUGCUGGUAAUACAUCUCCGACAAGAAACACCGAGUUUUUCCACAAGAAAAAUGUCACCUCACUUCACUGAAGGAUGUGGAGUCCUAAUCAGUAGAGAAAGUGUUUUAACCAUUCUAAGCUGAUAAUGAACUCUUUUGUAAUCAUUAUAUACUGUAGAACACAAGUCUGUUUUCCCUGAAAUUUUAAAUGUAGAAAAAUGCUAGAUAUUAGAAAUUUCCAUUUUGUUAAAUAAAUGGUUAGUGUCUAUAAAACAGAACAUGUUAUGUGAACUUAUUACAUGUGACUUGCGAGUCUGGCACCUCUGGACGGGACAAACCACAGAUACAGAGCCAUCACACUGCAGUGGGUUGUGUUACCGCUCAUCUUAGUGUGAGACGUUUACACAUAUGUGUUUUAAAAUCUAAACAUUUUCAGUCUAUAGUUACAGAUGACUACCAGAAACCG